AUGCUUGAAGCGUGUCGUUUGCAGUUAUUGGAUUCAAGUGAUACUGGACUGUUGACAUUUCGUGAUGUAGCGUGCUUGUUGUCAUCAUUGCUCAAAGGCGAUACUACGGAAAAAAUUUCUGUUUUUUAUAGGUGUCAUAUACCUCCAGCCUUCAACAUGUCUGAUCUUGACGAUAUUAUACCGCCGCACUUACAAAAUUUUGAAGAUGAUACAGAAGUCGGAGUGGAGGCAACAGAUGCAUUGGGCAGUCCUCUGCAGACUUCACCAAGUCAUUUCGGUGUGUACACUUCUGCGGGGGUGCAUCAGAAAGGUAUCAGUAUUGACUCAAGACGCAAGCAUUCGUCAGAUCUCGAUGAAACACCAAAGAGUGGAAGUAUAUUCAGCGAUUUAGGUUUGAAAGGUAAAUUAUCGAGAAGUUAUAAUGAUGAGGAAUCAGUAAGUUAUAAUAGUGGCAGUAGUUAUACUAGUGGCGCUGAUGGAACCGUCAGUCAACAGAUGAUCGCAUCUGGAGCUAUGAAGCCAGCAAAAUCAAGUCCUGUAGGGGGGAAUGGAGAUAGAACCGGAGGUGAUUUGGUGGGUGAAGGCGUGCAACGGGAACGAAGUGCAACAGACUUCAGUGAUUUAUCGCCAUCGGGUUCGUAUGAAAGUUUAAAUAUUGCUUGUUUUAUUUCAAUAUAG